CGGCCGUAUUGUUUGGUCUUCGUAUUAUUAUUAUGAAAUGUCACUCAUGGAGGGUCGCCUCCCCCUUUUUCCCCUCCCUCUUUCUCUCGCCGCUCGCUAUAAAACCCUGAGAGAGCGGCGAGGGGCUACAUUCAGCCGGGCGCCUCAUGACGACUCAUCGCACCCGGGAAGAGCGAGGAUCUUCAGGGAUUACCCGCCGUGCACUCACCUGGAAAACAAAAACAGCAGAGGAACAGAAGAAAAAACCCUUUUGCUUUCUUUCCCUCUUGGACUAAAAAACGCCGGGGCGAGCUGUGAAGAUGGACAGAGGGAUGCCCGUGUCUCUUUGGUGUGAGGAGUCGGAGGAGGACCAGAGUCAGGGUCAGGGCGGGGUCCAGGCCCAGGCCCCGGGUCGGACCGGGGCCUCCCCUCAGCCCCGGGCAGCCUGGGACCCCAGCGCCUCGGGCCACCGGGUGAUCCAGAGGCUGCUUCUCACCGAGGAGAGGUACGCGCCCUCCCUGCUCUACGUCACGCUCAUCCAGAGGGACCCGGAGCGCCGGGAGGAGCUGGCCAAAUGGGCCCUGGAGGUGUGCGGCGAGUGCGGCUGCGACGAGGCCGUCUUCCCCCUGUCCGUCUCCCUGAUGGACCGCUUCCUGUCCGCCCGCCUGUCCCUGCCCGUGUCCCUGUACUGCCUGGCCUCCGCCUGCAUCCUCAUCGCCUCCAAGCUCACCGAGUGCGACACCGUGACCGCCGACACCCUCUGCGCCGCCGCCGAGGCCAGCUUCCAGCCCUCCGACCUGCGGGAGAUGGAGCGGCUCAUCCUGGCCACGCUGCGGUGGGACACGGCGGCGGUCACCUCGCAGGACUUCCUCCCGCAUUUCAUCGCCGCCGUGAGCGAGCCGUGGGACUCGGAGCCGGAGCUGCUGUCCACGCUGCGGCGGCACAGCGACACGCUGGCCGCCCUGUGUGCCUGCGACGCCCGCUUCCUGGGGGCGCCGCCCUCUCUGGUGGCCGCCGCAUCGGUCAACUGCGCCCUGUGGGGGCUGGGGAACAAGGGCUCCACCCGGCUGGCCUACCUGAGCGAAGCCCUGGCAGAGUUAUGCCGGACGGACGUGGCGGUGCUGCAGUGCUACAGUGAGAUGAUUGAAUACGCCCUGAAACAGAGGUUGACGAACGGGCUCCAAGGCCCCACAGAGAAGGGGGACGAGGUGGAGAGCGAAAGGCCCGGAACACCAACUGACAUGAGAGAGAUUGAUUUCUGA